AUGUGGAGGCGGUUGAGCUCCAGGUUCUUGCGGCUGUUCCCUUUGCCGGAGCAGCUCGAAGCCCGAGGUCCUCUGCGUGCUCCAUGGCUGGCGCCGGGCUCGAAGCCCUCCGCUCUGCCGGCGCGGGCGAUCGCUUCUCUCUCGGCCGCUGGCGCGGGCGGCGCGGGCGGCUGGUAUGAGGCCCUGGCGGCGUCGGCGCCGGUGGCGGGCGCGGAGGCCGUGCUGCUCGGAGCGCACAGCGCCACGGGGCUGCCGUGGUGGGGCAGCAUCCUCUUCACCACCGCGGCCCUGCGCGGCGCCGUCACCUUGCCCCUGGCCGCCUACCAGCACUACAUCCUGGCCAAGGUGGAAAAUUUACAGCCAGAAAUAAAAAGCAUUGCUAAGAACCUUAACCUAGAAGUUGCUGUUCGUGCAAAUCAGUUGGGCUGGUCCAAAAAUGUUGCAAGACUUACUUUCCAAAGAAAUUUGCGGAGGCUUGUUUCAGAUCUGUAUGUUCGUGAUAACUGCCACCCUUUCAAAGCCACUCUAUUGGUCUGGAUUCAGCUUCCAAUGUGGAUCUUCAUAUCUGUUGCUCUCCGGAAUUUUAGCACAGGAGCAGCACAUUCAGAAGGUGCAUCUGUUCAGGAGCAGUUUGCUACUGGUGGAGUCUUGUGGUUUCCUGACCUCACUGCAUUGGAUUCUACUUGGAUUCUGCCGAUCUCUGUUGGUGUCAUCAAUUUAUUAAUAAUAGAGAUCUUUGCUAUGCAGAAAAUUACAAUAUCCCGUUUUCAGUUGUAUAUCACAAACUUUCUUCGUGCAAUAUCAGUGUUAAUGAUUCCAAUUGCUGCGACAGUACCUUCAUCGAUUGUUCUCUACUGGUUAUGUUCCAGCAUCAUGGGCCUUUCACAGAACUUGCUGCUGCGUUCUCCUAGGUUUCGACAACUUUGCCGAAUACCAUUGACCCAGUCCGAUUCAUUUACUCCUUAUAAGGACCUCUUUACUGCCUUUUAUGCCAAAUUCAUUUCAAGAAAAUGACUUACUUUCUAUUAAUUAAAAAAAAAUCACAAG